UGACGAUCAAUUCCGCGCUAACGUUCCACGUGCUAAGUCGAUUGCUACGCCCGACGCUACGCGCGCAUACUGCCGGCGGAAGAAAGAGAAAAGAAAUAGAAAAAGUAAAAGAAUGAAUUUCUCGGAAGAUAUACAAGUGCGUGUUGUGGAAUCCGACGAGGGUGAAGCCCUAAUGCAGUUCCUCCUAGAGCACUACUACCGCGAGGAGCCGCUGACCGCCGGCUGCAGUCCCCCGGAGCCAGAGCAGGCUGACAAGGAUUUCUUGCUGUCGAACAUCCCGCACGGCACCUGUCUGGUCGUCGUCCAGGGCGGCAGUCGCAUUGUAGGCGCCCUCGUGGCAGGGCCUAAGGAUGCCCACGAGGCGGAACACCUCGCCGAGGAAGUGGUCGAGCAUUCCGGCACCAAGUGGGGCCGCAUCCUGGGGCUGCUUGCCCGCGUCGAGCGGGAGACCAACGUUUGCAAGAGAUACGGCGUACCUUCGACCAUACAUGUCCAUGCCUUGGGCAUUGACCCCAGACUGCGAGGCCUGGGCCUGGGCGCCCGCCUCAUGAGCGCUGUGGCCGAACGCGCCCGGGCUCUUGGCCAUCCGCUCGUGACGGUCGACUGCACCAGCCUCUACUCCGCCGGCCUGAUGGCCCGUCUCGGAUACGAGCUGAUAAACACCAUCCGCUAUGACGAAUAUCUGGACGAGUUCGGCCAGCAAGUCUUUCGCCCACCAGCCCCUCACGACAGUGUAAAAACCUAUGUGCUCCGGUUGUAACGCAGUUUUUAUCUGUCAUUAUAUAGAUAAGGUGCAGUUCGAAAACCAUUAUUUUAGUGCCCAGAGUAGUGUCCUCGUAUAUAUGAUAAGGCAAUCGAAAUCAAUGCUACAUGGUAUUUUCACAUUAAUUUAACUAAUGCAGUGCCAUUAAUUAAUAGGAACAAAAAAUAUUUUACACUCUAGAAAGAUCUUCCGAGACUAUUUAAGGCAAACAGGUAUGCCACACCAUCGAUCAUUUCCAGGGAUAUUCACAGUGUCGACUCACCCAAAGCUUUUGUUAAUUUUAAAUUUUUUCCCAUAUAUAUUUUGCUUUAAUUUUUCAUCGCGUUUUUGUACGAUACUGUGCCUGCGUUUCAAAGCUUCUAGUUUACCACUUGGCAACCAUUUGUGGAACUUGUGGAACCUGUGGAACUUAUAGCCGCUUAUCGCUCAAAUCAAAGAGUAUUCUAAAGAGCGAGCCCCUCUCCCACAUUUCUGCUGAAAUGAAUUUUUCACUCAAGUCAAGUAUCGCCAAUGUAGACCUCAGGAAAUCGGCUAUAAACCUACUAACAUAUUAUGUUGUGUGUGUGUGGCCUUUUGGAUUUGUAACUCCUGCCGUUGCCAACAUUUUUUAUCACCUAAUGGACAUUUAUCUGUAUAAAAAGAGACUGCUUACUUUGAUAUAUGGAAAUAUACGGUUGAAAAUUGUUAAAAAGUUA